GCGUGUGAGGGUCGUGCGCUUCACGAGCGAAGAUCAAGCUCACGGCAUUUUUCGCCCUCCGAAUAGGGACCCAGAGUAGAGGGGGCUUUCAAAACAUAGUUUUCCACUGCGUUUGGAUAAUGAGUAACCUUAUUUUCUUCUGGAAGUGAGGCUGCUGUUGGACAUAUGCCGGAAUAUGAGUGGUGUACGCGUAACAGAACAUCUCAUACUUCAGUAAAGUUUUCAAGAGUUCAGUCAUUCCAUCAGCUGUCAAACCCGUUGGGAAAGCGGUUAGUCUUCAAAGCCUCAAUUGUCUCAAACCUUCAAUAUGAAGGACAGACAGGUGACACAGGUCCUGGCAUGUCGAGAGAAUCAAUUAUCUUAGGGAUCUGGGACCGAGUUGUCCUCUCCCGAGUUCCUCUCAGGCACUCAGCAGACACUCCACCACUCCACCACUCCACCACGUCAGCCGGCCCACAACAAUUUCAGGAACCAAAUGUGACCUCGUUUGCCUUCUUGUGCGAGUUGUUAGGAGCUGUAUUUCCUGAGCAAAUUUGGUAAUCAGUGAAUGCCAUUGACACUGCCAUUCGACUGAAAAAGGAAUCAAUUUUUUGUUUUGUGUCACAAAAUGGAGAACACAACUGACAUUGCAAUUGAUGACUCUUUAUACAGUCGUCAGCGAUAUAUGCUUGGUGAUGGCGCAAUGAUCAAAAUGGCACAAUCUAAAGUGUUUCUCAGUGGGCUUGGCGGAUUGGGAGUAGAAAUUGCCAAAAACGUUGUCCUGGCUGGAAUUAAGUCAAUCACACUGCAUGAUACCAAGGUUGCCUCUUAUCAUGAUCUGGGAAGCCAGUUUUUCUUGCGAGAAAAAGAUGUUAGGGACAAGAAAAAUAGAGCCGAGGCUAGUGCUUCACAGCUAGCUGAGCUGAAUCCAUACGUGAACAUUCAGACCUCAACUUCUUCAAUUAGUGAUGGAAACUUAGAGUUCUUAACUCACUAUCAGGUAUACUUGUUGACAGUCAUAAUUUGCUGGUUGGCAUCUACAUGUACACAAACAAAUGUUUGCCCCAGGGUUCUCAUUAAUUUAGGGAGUAAAGGGCUUGUUCAUGAAAUUGCAAGGUUCUUUAUCAGUGCAGGUGUACAUGGAGUGUUCAGCUGGGCAUUCUGUGAUUUUGGACCUGAGUUUGAGGUGUUGGACUCUACAGGAGAAGAACCAAAAGAAUUCUUUCUUUGGAACAUCACUAAGGCAAAUCCUGGUGUGGUGACAACAUUGGACAAUCGUAUGCAUGGAUUACAGACUGGUGAUAAAGUUACCUUUAAAGAGAUAGUUGGAAUGACAGCUCUCAAUGGCUCAGAGCAGACAGUCAAAGUACUGUCCCCAUAUGCAUUCAGCAUCUGUGACACCACUGGACCAGAGUAUGAUGCUUAUCAAUAUGGUGGAAUAGCAAGACAAGUCAAGACUUCUUCUUCUUUGAUAACAUUUGAAUCACUUGAGACACAGCUUAGGAAGCCAGAUAUCCUCACAGCAGAUCUCAGUAAGAUGGAGGUGCCAUUGCAGCUGCACUUUGGAAUACAUGCUCUACACUUGUUUGAAGAGCAGUAUGGAAGAUUACCUGAGAUCAGGCUGAACACCCUAAGGGGUUCCAAAAAGGCAGACAGUUUAGAUGAAAAACUACUUUGCCAUUUGGCAUUCACAUCACAAGGGUGUUUUUCACCCCUAGCAGCCUCUCUUGGUGGAAUUGUAGGCCAAGAAGUGUUGAAAGCUUUGACUGGAAAGUACACUCCUUUAAAACAGUGGAUUCCACUGGAUACAGUAUUCUCAUUUCCUUUCUAAACGAAGCUAAAUGUAACACCGACUUAGGUUAACUAAUUAACAUUCUGUAUUUUUUUUUCCAGACAAGAUCGAUAUGAUUGUCUACGCAUUUGUAUCGGCGAAGAAUUACGUAGUAAACUGUCAGAUCUGAAGUUGUUCAUGGUAGGAUGUGGUGCUAUAGGAUGUGAACUUUUAAAGAAUUUUGCUCUUUUAGGAAUCGCAGGAAGUCCCAGUGGCAAGAUGACCGUCACGGACAAUGACCUCAUAGAAAAGUCAAAUUUGAAUCGUCAGUUCUUAUUUCGGCCUCACCACAUCCAGAAACCCAAAUCUGUGACGGCUGCUGCAUCUGUUUCCUUAAUAAACCCAGAUGUGUAUGUGGACCCACAUCAACACAAAGUUUGUCCAGAAACAGAAGAAGCUCUGUACACGGACGAAUUUUUUGAGUCUCAGGAUCUUGUGGUCAAUGCUCUUGACAAUGUAGAGGCGCGGCGAUACAUGGAUAGCCGGUGCGUGAGUACCCAGAGGGCCCUGCUGGAGUCAGGAACCAUGGGACCCAAGGGACAUGUUCAGGUCAUUGUUCCUCAUCUUACAGAGUCAUAUGCCAGUCAGCGAGAUCCUCCAGAGGAAGACGUGCCGCACUGUACACUCAAGUCGUUUCCAGCGAUUAUAGAGCACACAAUACAGUGGGCCAGAGAUAAGUUUGAAAAUUGUUAUACUCAAAAGCCUAGAUUGUACAUGACAUUUUGGUCAACAAAUGGAUCUCCAGAACAACUUUUGGAGACCCUUCAAUCUGGAAAUGAACCUGAAGGCGUUUAUCGGGUUAUAAAACUGUUAAAACGGCGACCUUUAGACUGGGCGAGCUGUGUUGCUCGUAGUAGAAUAGAAUUUGAGAAGUACUACAACCACAAGGCCAAACAAUUGCUCCAUGCAUUUCCUUUGGAUACAAGGGUCAAGGAUGGAUCGCUGUUUUGGCAAAGCCCCAAGAGACCACCAAUACCACAACAGUUCAGCACUAAAAAUGAAUUACAUAUGCUUUUCAUAAAAAGUAGCAGUAAACUUCACGCUGACACUUGUGGCGUCAAGUACACAACACAGGAUUUAAGUGACAGUCGCAUUAUCGAAAUACUCCAGGAUGUCGAAGUCCCAGAGUUCAGGCCAAGUUCAAAGCAAAUUGAAACCGACGAAACGGCAUCAAAACAAUCUGAGUCAUCUAAUCUGUCGGCUGAUGACGUCAAUAAGUUAAUACCAGAUCUUAAAGACUUGAUAGCAAAAGGAAUAAAAUCUAGCAACGGUAGCAUUCUUCACGAUGUUUAUAUGUUUCAGAACCUUCGUGCGACGAUGUACAGUAUAGAACCCGCUGACCGCUUAAAAACGAAGAAAAUCGCGGGUAAAAUAGUUCCAGCCAUCGCUACAACUACCGCUGCUGUAGCCGGCUUGGUCGCUAUCGAGCUGGUCAAAGUAGUUAUGAAGAGUCCCGCAGAAGACUUCAAAAACUGCUUCAUGAACCUGGCACUACCAUAUGUCAUCUUCUCUGAACCAGGCCCCCCUGAGGUCACAGUAAUCAGGGAAGGCCUGUCCUUCUCAAACUGGGACAAGUGGGUCGUCAAGGGUACGCAAGAUUAUAAACUGAAAAGCUUUUUGAAAUAUUUCAAGGAUACGUACGGAUUUGAUGUGUCCAUUGUGGUACAUGGUGUAAAAAUUGUGUAUGUUCCUCUGCUGCCGGGGCACUCGAAACGCCUUGAACAGAAAAUGACCAAACUAAUAAAAGCUCCUGGCAAAGCCUACGUGGACCUCACCGUUUCAUUUGAGGGUGACGGUGACGAGGAUCUACCCGGGCCCCCUGUAAGGUACUAUUUUGGUUCCUAAAGAUGGCCCUUCAGAAACGUCCUAUGAAUGCCUUAUGACCUCUUGGGAGCACCUCUGGUGGCUUUUUUAACGAUCCUAAACCACGACUGGUCGAAAUAUCUCUCCAACUCAUCAUUGGUUGUACAUUUAUUGGACGGGAAUAGGACCUUAAUUGUCAAGCAUGGCAAUACUUUCAAAUUUUUACGUUUAUUUGUUCGAGAGACUUUUGAGUCUCUUGAUCUGCCCCAUAUUUAAAUGUAGUAUGAUAAUUCUAUUCAAAGUCUUUUUUAAAAAGUCUAAAUGUAAUCAAUUUAGUCUAAAUUAAACUCCAGCUAACAAAUGGCUGGAAAGUUGCAAGUACAUAAAGUAUUUUCUUGUAUCAUAAGGUCCUGAAAUCCUGGGUUAUAUUUUUGUACCUCUGACAUUUUGAGUCCUAAUCAUUGCUCUUUCCGAUUCCUAUAUUUCUUAUGUAAGUGUUGAGAAUUCAAUGAUACGUCAAGACAGUAUCGCUUUGUUUGUUGAUGAAUUUUAAUAUUCUCCUCACCUAUCUUGCUAAUAAUGUAACGUCAUUGAAGGGAGAAUUUAGGGAGAAAUUAGUGGUUUAUAAACUCUCUAUAGCUAUCUGUUGAGUUACAUGCAAGACGAACCUUUUAAUGUUGAUAUACUUCAAUGCUCUUGUCUAUACCAGUGAAUAUGUAAAACCUCCCGCUUUACCAUAAAAGGCAUGCUAGCAGAUUUAGCACUGAUCAUUUAAGAUACACGAAGUGUAUCUGUUUACACUAUAACUGAAACUGAGUCCAACUGUUUCGCGCGAUUUUCUUCUGGUUACACGAACUGAUAAAUUUGGGCCAGUAUCACAAUUGAACAUAAUUAUAUGUAACUAUGGAAUAAAGUGAUUGUCAACGUU